AUGCUGCAGUUUAAUUCAGUCGUGUCUGGGCUGCCGGCCGAUUCGCCGGCUGGGCCGCCGGCCGAUUCGCCGGCUGGGCCGCCGGCCGAUUCGCCGGCUGGGCCGCCGGCCGAUUCGCCGGCUGGGCCGCCGGCCGAUUCGCCGGCUGGGCCGCCGGCCGAUUCGCCGGCUGGGCCGCCGGCCGAUUCGCCGGCUGGGCCGCCGGCCGAGUCGCCGGCUGGGCCGCCGGGCGAGUCGCCGGCUGGGCCGCCGGGCGAGUCGCCGGCUGGGCCGCCGGCCAAGUCGCCGGCUGUUUCUGUUGUUCAGGUGGCAGUGAAAUAUCUCAACAAGGACAAGAACAAAGAUUACAUCAGCAUCCCGGGUUAUGAUGAACCCAUUCCUAGAGAGGUCGCUCUUCUGACUCUCGCCAGUAAGGGAAAUGCUCAAGAGAUCAUUCAGCUUCUUGACUGGCAGGUCUUUGAGAAGAAUUACAUCAUGGUCCUGGAGCGCUUCACUCCCUGUGAGGAUCUGUCUAGAUUCCUCUAUAAAGAAGGGAACAAAAUUGACGAAGGGAGAGCGAGAGUCAUCAUGUGGCAGGCGGCAAAGACGGCGUACAUGUGCUGCAAACGGGGAGUUUUCCACCGAGAUAUCAAAUUGGAAAACUUCCUCAUCAACACCGACACCCUACAAAUCAAACUUAUUGACUUCGGGUGCGGUGAUUUUCUCAAGACGUCGGCCUACACAGAACGCAUCGGCACAGAGGAAUACUUUGGCCCAGAAUUCUUUGAAACGGGCAAGUACUACGCAAAGUCCACAACGGUGUACUCGCUGGGUGUCCUGCUGUUCACCUUGUUGUGCGGGAGAUUCCCAGACUCCAUCGACAAGGACCAGAUGAAGAACAAGAUCUGGUCUGUACAUGGCUUCUCUAAAGAAUGCUGCAGUUUAGUUGAAGCCUGUAUGAUGGAGAACCCGAAAGAACGCAUUCCUCUGAGAGAUAUCUGCGGCCACAAGUGGUUUCAGAGCAGACAUCAGACAGCCCAGCAGCAGAAAAUCACUGAGAGUCCAGCCGAAAAUGACGUCAAUAGACUUUCAGAAGGAGAGAUUCUACCCCCACUCGCUAGUGUCAGUCAGUCUGAGGACAAGAAGUAUAAGUGUAUUGAAGAAAUCCACUCCUGCCAGAAUGGGAUUGGGAAGAAGCUGGGUCAAGGAGGAUUUGGUACCGUAUGAAGGCACUCGUUUGACCGACGGCUUGAAGAAUGCUGCAGUUUAAUUCAGUCGUGUCUGGGCUGGGCUGCCGGCCGAUUCGCCGGCUGGGCCGCCGGCCGAUCCGCCGGCUGGGCCGCCG